ACCACAUUUGUUAACUAGCAUGUUUGGGACUAUAAUCCAGAUUAAGGAAACUAAGGCUAGUUUAAGCCAAGUAACUGUGAAAACCCAUUGAGAAGACUGCAGAAAAAGUGCAGCCUCUACAGCUUCUUCUCACACACUGGAUAUUAUACUGCAAGGAAGGGGAAGAGUUGAUUUCAUCAAUGCCGACUCAGGCUGAUCAUGUUGUCGGUUUGAGGAACCAAAGCCGGGGAGGUCGAGGCUUUGGAUUGCCUUCUGCAACUAGAUUUCAAAGUGGACACCUGCCAUCUGGGAUUAUCCCGGUGUCCAGAGGCAUGCCUGUCAAAAAUGGCGCUGGAAUCGGUUCAGAGUCAGACAUGGAUACCAGCUCUGACUCGGAUAGUGAGGCUUACGGUGGACGUUAUUCGGUUGAAACAUCGCCCCAAGAUGAUAAAUUUGUGAACGGCAAACGUCAGAGUAAUUUUCGAAGUUUAGGAGCACAAGGUAUCAGAAGUAUCGAUGCUAGUGUGCCAGACCUCAGGAAUGAAACUUCAGAGGUUUACUACUUCAAUGGAAAUCUACAACCAAAUGCUAAGACACCAAGACAGGUUCUUCAAGGUGCAGGAGUCCAGAAUUAUAAGUUACCGGAUGAUGUUCCAAGUGCACCACCACUGGCUGGUUCUGUCUCAGAAACAAACCAAGUUUCGGGGCAACCUAGAGCAGAUUUUUUCCCUCACUCUACAAAAUUGGAUGGUUCUGCAACCGCAGAUAUGCCAAAUACUGGCAAUGGAACCCCAUUAAACUCUACUGCCAAGACAGCUUGUGAUGCAUCUCUUAGGGCUGCUGGUGUGUCUUUGCAUUCCUUACCUGCAAAAAUCCCUACUUUCCAUGCAAGUGGUCUAGGCUCUUGGAAUGCUUUCAUUUCUUAUGAUGCAUGUAUUCGGCUAUGCCUUCACGCUUGGGCCAGCGAAUGCAUGGAAGCUCCCAUCUUCCUAGAGAAUGAGUGUGCAGUUCUGAGAGAUGCUUUUGGAUUGAAGCAUGUGCUGUUACAAUCGGAAGAAGAGCUCUUGAGGAAAAGGUCAGCAGAACUAAUCAGCGAGGGAGCUUGUGUAAAACCUAAGAAAAUUAUUGGCAAGAUGAAAGUGCAAGUUCGUAAAGUAAAAAUGGUUCUGGAGCCACCAACAGGCUGUAGCCUUUCAUCUUUGAAACCACCCCUAAAGAAGCUGGAGCCUUUUCGAGUACGGUUGUCCAGCAUAAAAUCAGCUCUCUCGUCUGAGUGGGAAACUUACAAAAAAGUACGUGUGAGCCCACGUAUGCCAUCAAAUGGAUCUCUUUCACGCCAGAGCUUGGCUUAUGUUAAUGCUGGAACUCAGUAUGUAAAAGAAUUGCCUGAAUUGGUAAAAAUUGGCAUUACUGCUUUGCGCAACCAUUCGACAUCCUAUGAAAUGGUGCAAGAAACAUAUUCUUGUUCAUUGAGAUUGAAAAAUUCAUCUGAAGAGGACACAGUUAAAAUGCAGCCUGGAUCUGGAGAGACUCAUGUGUUCUUGCCGGAUGGGUUAGGAGAUGAUCUAAUUAUUGAAGUCCAUGAUUCAAAGGGGAAGUAUUGUGGGAGGGCAAUGGCUCAGGUGGCUGAAAUUGCUGAUAAUCCGGCUGACAAGCUUCGCUGGUGGUCUAUAUAUCAAGAGCCAGAGCAUGAACUUGUGGGGAGAAUACAAUUGUAUAUCAAUUAUUCAAAUCAAGAAGAGAAUAGUCAUCUUAAGUAUGGUUCUGUUGCUGAGACUGUUGCAUAUGACUUCGUUUUGGAGACUGCAAUGAAAGCUCAACAGUUUCAACAGAGAAAGCUUUUGCUGCAUGGUUCAUGGAAGUGGCUAGUGACUCAAUUUGCUUCAUACUAUGGAGUUUCAGAUGCAUACACUAAGCUGAGAUAUCUUUCCUAUGUUAUGGAUGUUGCUACACCAACUGCAGAUUGUCUAGAUUUGGUGCAUGAUCUGCUCUUUCCUGUUGUGAUGAAAGGCAAAAGUAAAGAGGCAUUGAGUCACCAAGAGAAUCGUAUGCUGGGAGAUGUUUCUGAUCAAAUUGAGCAGACCAUUGCGGUGGUUUUUGAGAAUUACAAGUCACUUGAUGAGUCAUCUCCAUCAGGGGUCGCUGAUGUGUUUACACCAGCUACUGGAUUUGCUGCUUCUGCUCUGGUACCAGCCCUAAAGCUGUACAAACUUUUGCAUGAUAUUCUCUCUUCUGAGGCACAGUUGAAGCUUUGCAGAUAUUUUCAGACUGCAGUGAAGAAGAGAUCCAAGAGGCAUAUGUCAGAAACAGAUGAGAUUGUUUCUAACAAUAAUGGGAACGUACUAAUGGACCCAGUAACUAUUUCUGCAGCAUAUCAGAAAAUAAAAUCUCUUUGUUUGAACAUCAGACGAGAAAUCUUCACAGACAUAGAAAUUCACGAUCAGCAUGUACUCCCCAGUUUCAUAGACCUUCCAAAUCUAUCCUCAUCCAUAUAUAGCACCGAACUCAACAGUAGAUUGCAGACAUUUCUUGUUGCUUGUCCACCUCCUAGUCCAUUGCCACCUGUGACAGAACUCGUUGUUGCAACAGCUGAUUUUCAAAGGGAUCUUGCCUCCUGGAAUAUUAAAGCUGUUAAAGGUGGAGUUGAUUCAAAACAAUUGUUCCACUCAUAUAUAACCUUCUGGAUCCAGGAAAAGCGUCUUACCUUGCUGGAACUAUGCAAACCUGAUAAGGUAAAAUGGUCCAGCUUCCAAGCACUGGAUCUCACAACCCCUUUCGUGGAUGAUAUAUACGAUCAACUGAAGGAGACACUAAAGGAAUAUGAUGUCAUUAUAAGUCAUUGGCCAGAGUAUACCAUCCAGUUGGAAAGUGCCAUAACAGAUGUGGAAAAGACAGUUAUAGAGACUAUGGAAAAACAUUAUGCAGAUGUUUUAUAUGCACUGAAGGAGAACUCAAUUCCAAUUAAAUUGGGCCUCAAGUAUGUUCAGAAAUUUGCUAAGGGCACUGUAUCUGCCUAUUCCGUUUGCAGAGAGUUGGGAAUUUUUCUUAAUUCCGUGAAAAGGAUUCUUGAUGUUUUGCGGCCCCCAAUAGAAGCACAGAUAAAGGUAUGGGGUUCUUGCAUCCCUGAUGGUGGGAGUACCAUCCCAGGCGAGCAUCUGAGUGAAGUAACGGUUAUGCUCAGAGCCAAAUUGAGAACUUAUUUGCAAGGAGUUACAGAAAAGCUUGUGGAAAAUACAAGAUUGCAACCCUCUACAAAGUUGAAGAAAAUAAUUCAGGAUGCAAAGGAAAAUGUUGUAGAAUCUGAUGUUCGAAGUAGGAUGCAGCCCUUGAAGGAUUUGCUUGAAAAAAUGAUUGAUCAACUUUACAAUUUAUUGGACCCUCAGGUGUUCAUAAUCGUAUCAAGAGGUAUUUGGGAUAGGAUGGCACAGGAUGUGCUUAGAUUUCUGGCAGAGAGGAAGGAAAAUCGGUCAUGGUACAAAGCUUCACGGGUUGCAGUAUCUGUUUUAGAUGAUAUUUUUGCCUCACGGAUGCAACAAUUGCUCGGGAAUGCACUACAACAAAAAGACGUGGAACCUCCCGGAUCGAUUAUGGAAGUGCGGUCGAUGCUAUCCUAGGAUGCUUCUACUAGAAUUGUAAAGAAACACACAUAGACAUAGAGGGAAAACUUCGAGUUCUCAUACACCGAUAACGAUAGAAGAAUUGAGGAAUGGCUGCUUCGUUGCAGCUAUAGGUGGCAAACGAACAAACGCAUUUAGCUAAAUUUACCCACACCCACCUAUGAAUAGUUGUAUAUGGGUAUCUUUAAAUUUUAACAUACGGGUAUAAAUGGUAAUAAUAUCCAUUUAUUAUCAAAUCCAAUUAAUUCAUUUAGAAUUAUCUUUUUCAAGCCUCCCACCCAUUUAGAAGA